AUGGCUACGUGGGGAUCAAGCAAUAAAACGUAUACUCCAGAAGCAAAGUCGUCAGUCAAUGUGAUGCAAUAUGGGGCAGCAGGAAAUGGGAAAACAGAUGAUUCCCAAGCAUUUCUGAAGGCUUGGCAUGCGGUUUGCGGAGCUGGAUCAAACAGUCCCAUUCUCACCAUUCCUGCGGGGAAGACAUUCUUGCUGAAACCAGUGAGCUUUAAAGGUCCAUGCAAGUCUGCUCAUGUUAAUAUUCAGGUAUUGGGAAACAUUGUUGCACCAAGCCAAAAAUCAGCUUGGAAUAACAACAAUUCCAAAACCUGGAUAGUCUUUUCUGAUGUGAAAGGACUUAUUGUCAAUGGAAAUGGACAGAUUGAUGGCCAAGGGUCUGUUUGGUGGAAAUCAUGCAAAGUUUUGGCUUUGUCAUUCCAGAAUUGUAACAACCUUGUACUCCAAGGAUUGAAACAUACUGACAGCCAGAAAAACCAUAUAUCUAUAUCAAAUUGUCACGAUGUAACUGUUUCCGGCCUCCAAAUAACUGCCCCGGAAAAAAGCCCUAACACAGAUGGCAUUGACAUCAGCCACUCAACCAAUGUUAGAAUCCAGGAUUGUGUAAUUGGAACAGGUGAUGAUUGCAUUGCCAUUAAUGAUGGCUGCUCCUACAUCAACAUUUCCAGCGUAAAUUGCGGCCCAGGGCAUGGUAUAAGUAUUGGAAGCCUAGGACAGCAUGGAGCAAGAAAUGCAGUUGAAGAAGUGCAUAUAAAGAACUGUACCUUCAAAGGAACAGAAAAUGGAGCAAGAAUCAAAACAUGGCAGGGUGGCUCUGGAUAUGCUCGGAGAAUCACAUUCGAGAAAAUUAUUCUCAUUGCAGCUAAUAAUCCCAUAAUCAUUGAUCAGUUCUACUGUGAUCAUGGGCAUUGUUCUAAUCAAACAUCUGCAGUUGAAGUAAGUGAUGUUUCGUAUACAAAUUUUCAAGGGACGUCCAGCAGCGAACAGGCUAUCAAAUUUAAAUGCAGUAAAAGCAUAGGUUGCACCAACAUUGCACUGAAUGCUAUCAACAUAACAUCAGCUGAUCCAAAGAAGAAGACCACCUCCUACUGCAUCAAUGCUCAUGGAAGAUCUAGUGGUUCGGUUCCUAAUGUAGAUUGCUUGUCGCAAUAG